AUGUUGGACUGCCUUUCCUCAAGGAUCUCGUUCCCGCCUCCCGAUCUCGUUCCAUCGAAUAUUAAUAUCCUUUAUUGCGAAGAUCGUAAAGACAAAGUCAGGGCUGAUGGAUCCGUCAAGGUGAAGUUUGGCAAGCUUUUUGACGAAACAGGAGACAUAUUUGAGGCGCUUGGAGGAACGCUACGUGCUGCGAAGAAAAGGAAAAUGAUAUCUUUUGCUGCAGAGAUGCUGCUGCAAGGCCGAGACAACAAUGUAGACAUCAUACUUUUACCACAAUAA